AUGAAUGGAGGGUCUAAUUCUCACGGAGCAAUCUACGCGAGCUCAUAUGAAUAUGACAAUAACGAAGCCGAGGCCUCGUCGAAGGCCAUGCUGAAAGGCAGUCAGAAUACCAAGGAUACACGCUCCGCCUCUCCAUCGGCAUACGAAAAUGAUCAGCAGGGCGAAACCGCAAAGCAUGGAAACAGCUUUCGUACUCCAGUCCACCGGAAUUUUGACAAAUAUGGCAACGAAGCAGGCGGCCCUUCAACCCAGCUCGAGCCAGCUGUUCAAGAGCCAUCACCGGUCACUUCUCUAACACCUGAUACACCGUUGGGACAGCAAGACACUAUUAAAAGCACAAGGGAUAACGCUCGUUCCCACAACCCAAAAUAUCAUAGCUACAAUGACUAUGGAAAUGAGAAAGGUGGCCCCUCGAGUCAUAAGCGUCACCCGGGGCCGCGGGAUUCCAAAAGAAAGUCUCACAAGCCUCGAAAACCGGAUGAGAGUAAGAAGAGAAUCUCGCAGGCUCACGGCCCGGUAUAUCAGAGCUACAAUGAAUAUGGCAAUGACGGUGGUGGUGCCCCGCCUCGACCUAUGCCAGGGCCCAACACCAGAGAUCAGAGUUUCGGGACCCCUCUAGUGUCUCUCGUGCCUGACCAGCAACCUGGAAGAAACAAACGAGGAGCAGCUUCGGGAGGGCCCCCUUACAAGAGCUUCCAACACCACGACCAAGACCACGAUGAGUGGGGCACGUCCUGGCAUCCAAGCCCAGCUGAAGCUCCGGCCGACGAUGGGCCUCCAUUUGCAGAUGGAAAUAGCUGGGUCUAUUUCAAACUGGCCCUCCACGUGGUAGGAAUGUUGGUUUCUCUUGCCUCUUUAAUCUUGAGUUUUACCUUCAUUCCCCAUAAGCGCUACCUUGGAGACUUGAUAGCAAUUUCAUGCCCAGUUCCCGGAGUCGCUCUCAUAUUGGGCGUUGGUGAGUUGGCCGUUCGAAUCGUCUACGAAUACACGAGAAAGCCCGGCCGCGGAGCUGCUUCCAAAGGGAUCCAUCCAGCUGGCCAUGUCGCCGUGUGCCUAGUUCUUUGGCUAGCCAGUAUCGUCGUUCUGUAUUUCUUGACAACAUACAUUAAGGCCACCGAUAAUUACUGCUAUGCACCGUUCGAUAAAACAAUAUUUACAAAUUUUUGGUGGGGUGUGUGCCAGGGAGAAUGGGACGGUCAACGGUCAUCUGCAGUGGCCCUUGCUGCGUUGACGGCUGUGAUCUGGCUUAUCUACUUUUUUCUGUUCAUCUUCGCUUGCAUUGACACCUCUAAGCGAAGUGAGAAAAGGGCGGGGAAAAUAACAGAAAAGAGACCGACGCCGUGA